GACGAGGAAGCGGGGACCAAGAAGCAAUAACAAACAAACCUAGCAGCAGCAAGCUAACGCAAGUUGGGGAGACUUAGCGUAUAGGUUGUCGUGUUUCCUUUCCAUAUCGGUGUAUAUUUUGUGCACCGCGUACAAAACGAUCUACACGGUGUACAAAAAAGACAUAUUUUAGUCUGUCACGUAGACAACGCCGUUGUUAUCUAACAUCUGCUAACAUUAGCCAAACGUCAGCUAGCGUUAAGUUAAUCCUCCCCGUCUUGGUCGUUUUCUUGUGAAAUGAAAUAAUUGUCAGGAAAAUUGCCAGGCGUUUAGGAAUUUGUUAAGAAGUUGUCGUCUUUAUACGGUACAUGUGAGAAAAUCAGGUGAGACAACUGGAACAAUCAAGAUUACAACCCUGACGGAGCAGAUACUAGCGGGAUACCGAGGUUAGUGCAGCUGUAAGCAACCAAGGAUGGCUCACCUUAGUGUGUGGUGUGUGGGAACUCGACUGAGUGUCCUUCUACUGGUCGUCUGCAGCAUACUGGUCCCCUCGCCUACACAUGCCUAUAUAUAUGCUCAUUAUAGCAAUAUGACUUCCAUGUUGUUUGAGGACCUACCUGCCUUGUUUGGAUCUCCGCUUCCUAAGGAUGGGUUAAUGGGAGUUUUGGUGGUGUCCCGUCCACUUAAUGGCUGUGCACCAAUAGACCCUCCUCCUCCACUGCCACCAUCCUUUGAUGCCAACACCACCAAAUUUGUCGCUCUCAUCAGACGCUAUGAUUGCAAUUUUGAUAUAAAGGUUUUACAUGCGCAGCAAGCUGGAUACAGUGCUGCAAUUGUUCACAACAUGUAUUCAGAGACUCUGCUCAAUAUGAACUAUAGCAAUGAGACUAUUGCAGAGCAGAUUGUGAUCCCCUCUGUAUUUACCAGCUACUAUGCUUCCGAAAUCUUCAGGAAAUUCAUAAUUCCAGAGCAAGGGGCCUAUGUGAUCCUCAAGCCAGAGUUUGCAUUUCCACUGUCAUACUACCUUAUUCCCUUCACGGGAGUAGUAGGCAUGAUUAUUCUUGUGAUGUGUGUCGUCUUGAUUAUUCGUUGUGUACAGUACAGAAAAAGGCUGAGGAAAAAUCGUUUGUCCAAGGAACAACUGAAGCGGAUCCCAACACACAGGUUCAGUAAAGGAGAUGAUUAUGACGUGUGUGCAAUCUGUCUGGAUGAGUAUGAAGAAGGAGACAAGCUGCGAGUUCUACCUUGUUCACAUGCGUACCACUGCAAAUGUGUGGACCCGUGGCUCACACAGACCAAGAAGACGUGCCCUGUGUGCAAACAGCGCGUCACCCGGAACACCACGGAGCACUCAGAGUCCGAAUCCGAGGAGGAGGCUGGAGGACGUGGAGAGGAAGAAGGAACGGAGGGCGAUGCAGACUCGGAGCGCACUCCUCUGCUUCGACCCUCCAACCCAGGGUCCCCCUUAGGAAGCCCAGGGGCCUAUUCUGCCACCACCACCACUACUGCCCAGUGCCUCACCUCCCCCGUACGCUGCGACUCACCCAUCCUGGGCUACGAAGGCUACUUCUCCCCGCAGGAGGAAACGGACUCAGAAAGCGAUGGAGAGGACAGGCACCACACCAAUGAUGACACUGCUCAGCUGAUUGGUAGGGAUCGAGUGGAUGUCUGAUGGCCGGAACUUAGCUGCAAUGAGAUUACUCUUAGUUUAACCUAAAAAUGGUCUUUCUAUCUUGAAGUGUGCUGUUAUCGCACAUUACUUUAAAAUAGUUUGCAGAUUUAUUGGGACACUUAGGAUACUUGCCACAUUUGUUGAUUGUAGCAGAAUCUUUGACCCAAUAUCCAGAGGAGGUCUACUUUAAGUGUCAAAGCACAUGCAGAUCUUCUAUUGAUCAGUUUUUAACAAAAUCUACAUGUCGAACAUCAGUCUACACAAAUUCACUCCUGUACUGUUGUCUGUAGACAUACUUUUCGAUGCACGGUGUAAUUUAUAACUCGAUCACGCCACUCGACUUGACCUAAUCACUAGUGCUGCACAAGGUGAAUGGGCCACUUCAAUGUCUUUUUAAGCAAGAGUAUGAUUCCUGUAGAUGAAGCCUGUGUUGUCAAAGUUAUCAUGCUUAAAGUUGAUCUUCAACGUACUCCGUUAGGUUUAAGCAACGUUAGUCCACUUUUAAGGUCCUAUGUUGUCUUAACAAUAAUCGUUUUAUACCUGACACUCCUUUCCCCUAAAAUGUUUGUCUUCGUUUUGAUUUUUUAAUAGCUCCAGUGCUUAUUUCGAACAUUUUUAAAUUACGUUUCAGUUUUUGAAAUCUAAUUUUUUUUCUCAAAUUUAACAGUAAAUUAUGCUAUAGUAGAACCUUGCAAAGAUGUUAUACAUUUCUGCUGCUUUUACAUUGUUACUGAUAGUACUGUGUGGACUGUUUAAGAAAAGUAUUUUUAGCUUUAUCCAGUUUGUCAAGUUGAACAAACUCAGGUUCAUAGCAAACAAAAAAAAAAAAUAUAGAGGUCAAACGAAUAACAUAGUGAGAAAAUGAUGGGUUUUGGUCUUGUGAUCUGUCUUAGAUUUUUGCUUUUCUUUGAAUCUGUAAAAUGUAGAUUGAUGAAUAUUUAAUAGCUUUUUUCCCAUUUUUAUAUACUGUUUAACUGAAUGAUAACAUGAUAAAUUGUGGGACUCGGAGGGUGUUUUUAAGAAAAAGAGCAUUGCCUUACAUUGGCCUUGUUGUACAUGUGUAUGUUUAAUGUUUAGAAAUUGACACAACAGGAUUGACACUUCUUUCCCCCCCCCCCGCUUGUUGAACUGUAUUUAAUACUGCUGGUUAGAAAAGCUUAUAUGUUGUAGCUUGAUCUGAAAACCUGCUCCGCAUUUGUUUGUCCAGUGUCAAGAAAGAGAAGGCCUGUGUUUUCACAUGUUAAGCGCUAGUGAUGAUAGAGCUAGUCGGCACCGUCAUGCUUGAUUUGCACCUGAAAACUUGGACAAUAUCAGCAGCCGUCAAACAAGAUGCAGUUUGUUCCUCUACUGUAUGAGGUGGCCUGGGUGGAGUAUGUGCUGUUGAUUUAUAUAAAUACAAAUAGACACCUUAAAAGUAGUUCUGGCCAAACUGCUUCACACCUCCAAACACACACACUUUUUACAUGGGCACUAACUGUACAGCAUGAUGACUUAAAGUACUUUACACCUUUACCCAUACUUUUAUAUUGACAUGGAUGGAGCUGUACAGGAAAUCAGAACUGCAAUUUAAGCUUACUGCCAUCUGUAAUGAAAAUUAUUGUGCAAUUAUUUAGGAUUUUUUGUCAGUUAGUAUGACAUAUCCUACUUUAUCAUCUCAGCAUGAAACUAAACUUCCUCUUUCAGCAGAUGAAGGAUGAAACUUAUCUGUCCAGACCCCACUACUGCAGAUAAUGAUGAAUGGAAAUCGCUGCACAUGGUGUAUGUAAUUCUGUGUCUGAGGAUUAGUUUUCAAUAAGUUGCAUUUAGAUGUUGGAGGUUGAAAAGGGGAAUCAGCAGGACUGUAAAAUCAUAACAUUCCACCUUUAUAUUUUACUGCUGAUUGACUAAAGGACUCCACAUUAUUAAGAUUUGAUUGGGACUUGUUGGCAAUAGUCUUUAUUGUAAAAUAGAACCGCUGUUUUCCUACUUACAAUAUGCUUCAACUAUCUUUUGUACUGUACCUUUUUUUCUCUAUGUCUCAGUUUUAGAGACUGUUGUAAAACACAUGAAAAUAAUACCUGUUUUUUUUCAUUUUUCUGUUUUCUUUUAGAAUGUGCCUAGAUUAUUAAACUUAAUAAAUGUACAGUGUCAAGUAUAAUUUUUGGUGUAUAAAGCAGGAUUGAGAAUCUUUAGGAUGUCUAAACACAGUCUGUGGAAAGCUGCAUUUUACGUGUGAUUCGUGGAAGAUUAAAUGGCAUUGAAAUGUGACUGUGCUGUUAGUUUAGGUGAGAAAAUGUAAGUACAACUUCUUGACAAGGUUUAUUGAAGUACAUGAUGAUUCUUAAUAAAGCCACUAUGACGAAAAUUGUUACAAA